UUUUUCGACGGAAGAUAGUCAUUAAAACUGUACUAGUGCCUAAAUUACCUUUACGGCAUAUGACAGUAUCAUCUUAAAUGUUGCGCAUUUAAUUAAUCGGAAACAUAAAUGACAUUCGGGAUUAAUGAUUGCUGAUUAUGGAGGAGUGGUUCAUAGCGAUUUGAAUUUCCCGCUAAAUUUGAAAUGUGAUGGCGCGCAAAUCGACCAAGCACUGUAGAAUACGUAACCUCGAUAUUUAUAUAGGCUGUCCAGCAUAACCUAUCGUGUUGUUUCUCCUGUGUUGCGUGCCGUAAAUAGUGAUCUCAGAAACCGGUGUUUCAUGUUUUUCUCAUUGUUUUUAAUAAUAUUGUGAGAGAGCAGAAAUAAAAGAUUGAAAAAUGGGUGAUCUGGUGGAACCGAUGGAUGUGGAAAUGAUCCCCCCUGACGAUGACAGUGAAACUGUUUAUCCUGACCAAACCGAUGUGAAAACAUUCAAUACGAAAGAUGUACAGGCUCCCGAGAAGGAACUGGAAAGCCGCUAUGAGAAUCGUGGCGGUACAUUUACGACAGGCAUUAAUAUAUUCAGCAAAGAAGAGAAGUUGAAAAUGGAGGAGAGGGCGAAACGCUUUGGCUUAAAGGAGAAGGUGAACAGUAACGUGUCAAAUCAGGAGCAAGAUUUAUAUUCUAGUAUGGGCAUCAUAGAAGAGAACGAGAACACAAAAAACAUCAGAAGGAAUGUGAUACACAUGAGAGGAACAGAAGAAAUGAGUACUAAAGAUGUAUUCAAGUAUUUCGAAGAUUAUGCUCCAGCAUCCAUAGAAUGGAUCAACGAUAUUUCAUGUAAUGUGGUAUGGUUGGAUAAUCUAUCAGCAGCCAGAGCUAUGUUGGGAUUGUCAAAAAAGAUUGUGGGUUUGGAUAAAACGAAUCAGAAAACUACACAUACACAUGAUAAUCCUGAUGUUGAAAACAAUGUAACUAAUGAAAGCUGUACCAUAGAUAUGGAAGAUGAUAAUGAUAGUAUAAAAGGCUUGUCACAAGGUGACUACAUAAGCAUCAAGGAUAUAGAUUGUCCCUUGCCGCCAGGUUUAUGGAGGAAGGGUAUAGAUUAUCCCAAAUCCAAAGCAAUAUUGCUUAGAUUCGCUACUAGAGCUGAUAAGAAACAGCCGAAUGCAGAAAAAAUGAGUGAUUAUUACAAGAAAUAUGGGAAUCCUAACUUUGGAGGUAUCAAAGGCAUUUUAACCGAAUCUCGUAAAAGAAUGUACAAACAAAUCAGACAAAGCAAGAAGAGAUUCAAAGAAGAGGCUCCAGAAGAUUCUAAAGAUAAGAAACGCGUCAAAAAUCCGUGGGGAGCUUUGUCAGAGAGCUGGGGUCUGAAUGACUUUGUAGAAGACGAUUUCGGAACAAAACACGACCAGAGGGAUCAAGGGCGAAGUGUAAAAGAGAGACUGGGUUUGAAGUAUCCAGUUAAAGAACCUGUACACGUAGAGGAAGAACAAGAAAGCAACGAAAGCAGCGAUAGUGAAAACGAUUGGUGCAAAAGGAACAAGGUAUUACGGAUGCGAAUGCAUGCGGAUGACGAAGAGGAAAAAAUACACAAGAAGCGCGCGAAGAUCCGACAGCAAACGUUGUUGAACAACUUAACCAAGGGUAGUGAUUUAAGAUCGAGGCUUGGCAGACCUCGUCAAGAAACGCAAUUCCGUGAUGCAAUCCAAGUGGUUGUAACGAACACGAGUGCAACGAAGUCGAAUUCUUUGAAGGCUGACGACUCUGAGGAGGAGGAUGGUGAAAUUGUAGAGGACGAUAAAGUUCAAGAGAAAGAGGAAGGUGAAUGGCAGGAGUCCGAUGAGGAAGAGCGAGAGGAAGAAGAGGAUGAAGACUAUAGCGAUGACGACAGUGACGGACCGGCAAAAGAAGUUCAAGGGCCUAAAGGCAGUGUAAUAAAAGUGGUUCAACAUAAACCUCGUGUCCAGUCUACCGUCUGGGCGAGAUUGAACAAUGUGAAAAGCGAAGUCACCGAUAACUCUGUCAAGGAGAGGCAACCCAGAGUACGAGAUUUGAGGAGUACGCUGAAAGGCGGUGACCUUCGAUCGCGAAUCGGUAAUCACACAAGAGGACGUUCUCCUUUGAGGAUAGAAGUGAAAAAUGACAAAUACACAGAGGGGAGUGAGUCAGAAUAGUUGUCAAUUAUUCGAAGGAAUAAAAACGAGAGACACGGUUGUGAUGUUACGUUUCAUUAACAAACGCAUUAUAUAUAAUAUAUAUGGUGCAAGACUUUAUAAUCGGUGUAUAAAAACAAACAUAGAAAGUGCACUCAUUACUCAUAUAAUUGUUGGUGGGCGUUAAUUAAGACAUUUUCAAGUAGCUUAAGUAAAUAAGGAUAGCAUGAAGUUAAUUUUUUGUAAAACAAUUAUGUAGAAUAAUGAAUUUAAAAUUUUGCAAGGUUUUAUUGAUUGAAGAAUUUUAUACUCUGACACUGCCGGUAGAUAAAAAUCGAAAGUUUCAGGAUAUUUACUAUAGUAGCAUGUAUAAUUAAUGUAUGUAUAUUUAUAUUAAUGAAAUCUUCCUAAAUUUCUUA